GAUAAUUCAACGACAAUGAAUAAAUCAGAUGAUUUUAGAUGUGUAAUUAAAGUUCUGUAUUAUUUACAUAAAAUCAUGCAAAGAACAUAGAAUGAAACGAUUUACAGAGAAAGUGCAUCAUGAGCAACAAAAGGAGGUGGUUUGGGUAAUGCGCGAGGAUGUUGACGAACAAUCAGAUCAAGCUGUUUCAAAACGGAAAUCAAAUGAGGAACAGGAAGACGAUUCUCUUAAAACACCAAUUGUGUACUCAAAAAGUUAUGGUGUGCGAUUUUGCGGUAUGGAAAAACUGCAUCCUUUUGAUGCCGCUAAAGGAUCACAUGUAUUUAAAUUCUUACUUCAGAAUGAAAUAUUUCGUCCCGGACGAUUUUAUGAGCCUAGUGAAAUAACAAAGACUGAGCUUCAAAAGGUCCAUACACGCAAAUAUUUACGCAGCUUGAAGUGGAGUGUGAAUGCAGCUAAGAUAUCGGAAAUUCCUUUGCUACUCUUUGUACCUAACACGUUUGUACAGCGUGGCUACUUGCGUCCCAUGCGCUUUCAAACUGCUGGGUCUAUAUUAGCCGGUAGUCUGGCAAUACGUUAUGGAUGGGCUAUUAAUUUGGGCGGAGGAUUUCAUCAUUGUUGUGCCUACAAAGGUGGUGGCUUCUGCCCCUAUGCAGAUAUUACUUUGCUUAUCACAAAAACUUUAGAAGAGGAGCCAAAUGUCGAGACAGCAAUGAUUGUGGACUUGGAUGCACAUCAGGGAAAUGGACACGAACGUGAUUUUUACGAGAAUGAAAAAGUAUUCAUUUUGGAUAUGUACAACGCUUCCAUAUAUCCACGUGAUCAUGAAGCCAAAUUGGCCAUAAGUUGUGCGGUGGAACUCAAACCACGCACAGCGGAUGGAACUUACUUGAAAAAAUUGAAAAGAUCUCUAAAAUACGCUUUGAGUGAGUUUCGUCCAGACUUAUUGGUAUACAAUGCUGGUACGGAUAUACUUUUGGGCGAUCCUCUGGGCCAUUUAUGUAUAACACCAGAGGUAUUUUUGUAUGCGUUGGGUGUUAUGGAACGAGAUCAAUUCGUGUUUGCUACUUGUCGUGAGGAACGCAUUCCAAUCGUAAUGUUGCUCAGCGGUGGCUAUUUAAAGUCCUCUGCUAAGGUUAUUGCCGAAUCAAUUGUUAAUCUCAAAACGAAAGGUCUGCUUGUCUGCUAAAUUCUAUAUUAUUUUGAGUUUGAUACACUGACUUAAUGACUUUGGGCAAUUGAUAAUUGUGACGCUUAAUUCAGAUAGCAUUAAAUUAAAUUGGAACAAAUGUAUGUACAUACAUAUGUAUAGUUUACUAAAAUAGGUGUUUCUUGAACUAAAUUGUUUUAAAAUAUUUAAAUAUUUUAUUUUAAUAUAAAUAUAAAAAAAAAAUAAUAUUAUACAAAUUAAGUAAUUGUAACUACAUUUUGGCUGUAAUAAUCUAACCUAAAAUUUGGGAUUGUUGAAAAAAGACACAAUGAAAUAAACUGGAAGCAUUCGCAAAAGUAAA